AAUUGAUAUUACAAGAUACCGGAGAUAUUUAUUCGAUGCUUGAAUUUAUAUCAUCGAGAUCAACAAUUAAUGGCGAGAUUGUAGUUGAUACUCCUAAAAAUAAAUUCAGUGUUUACCACUACACUAAGAAUGAAAAAGCUUGGGACAGUUAUGAGCGUCAAGUGAUUAUGGGUACCGAUUGUUUAUUGUACAAGUUCAAGCCUUCUGAUGAGUUUAAACUUCUUACUGGUGUAACAAAACGAUUGACGAGCAUGUUGAUAGCUAUGGGACCUUCGAUACUUUAUCGUCUUAGGCAUAAUUCAAUAUAUUGGAAAGAGGCUGCGGAUGAAAAUGUGAGAGGUACAAUGAUGAAAAGUUUACGAGCAAAUAUCAACAAUAAAUUGAAUAUCACUUGUUAUUACAAAUCUAACUUGGACCAAGAAUCAGGCCUACAAGCACCGAGUCGAAUUACGUUCAGUGGAAGUGACCCAUCAUCUGUAUUGUUUUAACGAAAGAAAAUUUAAUUUUGGACAUUUUCUCUCAAGGCAUGGACUCGACUAAAGAUUUAUCCAGAACUGUUAAGCCACUUCCAGGAGUCGGCUGUUCAGCUUUCUAUGGAAAUAGCGUACCAACUCCAACAAUGAACUCCCACCUUGUCCACCUGAUACUUUCGGAAACAAUUACAAGCUCAACUACCACAAAAACUGUUAGCGAGAUAUAUGCCAAUGAUAGACUCAAAUUGGUGCGUAUACAGAAACCUAAUAGCAAAUCGGAAGCUCUUUAUGACUACUCACUUGGUCUAGUUUACCAAUUUCAAGAGGGCGAGUCCUGUAAAGUUUCACCGGUUAAAAGAGGAUCAAUAGGUCUUAGUCAAGAGACUGGUCAGUUUCACUUGACAAGAUUAUUUCUUCUAGAUGGAAAUUACAAGUAUUUGGGUAAAAUGUAUCUUGAAAAUCGGCCUGAGUUUGCGGCGAAAGUUUGGGAAUCAAUUUCUUAUAAUUCAACUGUUAAUUCUGAUAAAUACGAUAAAGUUGUCACUACCCAAUACUUCACUGAAACCGUUGACAAUUAUGGUUUCGAUGGGCACCUGAUUGUUGCAACAAUAAUUAACUGUUACAACAAAGAUACCUCGAAUGGAAAAUAUAAACUAAUUCAAGCUAUCAAAAGGGAUUACUCCGAUUUUCAAGUUGCUGAAACUGAAUCUGAAUUCCAAGAUAAAUUUUCUGUGGCUGAAUGUAAAGAUUUCACCAGUGAAAUGACUCUUAGCAUUCAUCUCGAAUGUAAAGAACCUGAUUGUAUAAAACUAGCUGAAGAGCACGUGCUCUUACUUAAAGAGCGCGUCAAAGAAGCAAUAUUUUGGAAUUAUGAAAUCAGUGCAUUGAGACUAAAGGAGAUGGACGUUUCUUUCAGUACUUCAAGGAUUGAUUUAAUGAUUGAUUUUCUUGAGGCACCAAAUAUAUUAGAUGCAUUGUCACCAAAAACGUAUCGAGUCAAUUAUGAUACAUUGAAAACACUAUCUCGAACUAGAGCAGCAAGUGAACUAGAAUGUCUAAACCAAUUAUCAAAUGAUUUUUCUGAUUUCGAUGUUGUACUCUUUUGUCCUGGGGUUAAUAUUUGUGGUACCAUAAAAGGAAUCGAAAAUGUCGAAGAAGAUGCUGAAAAAGGUCAUGCCUGUCAAGUGUUCGAAAUACCAUUGCACAAUUUAAAUCGAAUGAUGCGGGAAAUUUCAAACAAAGAUCUUCAGUCCCAUUUACUCAGAGAUACAGCUUACAAAACAAUCUCGCUGACGAAUGGAUACCAUACGUAUUUCAAGUAUAAGAUGGUCGAUGUACUAGAUGUUACUCGAGAUAAAACUGACCAUUCAAACGAUAUGUUCUAUCUUAUUCAUGCCAACGAGAUAUUGAAAGCCGAUGAUCCAAAUGUUGUCGUGGUGCCGAAUGUGAAGACAUUUGCAGACUGUUAUCGAGCUUGUAAAAAUUCAGAUGAAUUAAACUGUCGAACUCUGUCUUAUUGCUCAGGUGAUAAAACAAAUGAGUGCCUUGUUACGAACAUGGUUCCGAGCGCAGCUCCAAUUGAUGAAUUCGAAAAUAAUCCCAAAUGUGGAAUCUUCACUGAAAAUCCUGUACUCCAUUAUACAGUGAAUAGAAAUCGACGAUUUAAAUCACAAAGCUCGCUCUCAGAGGAAUUGUGGCUUUAUCAAUGUGCCUCCAAAUGUGGUUCAGAUAAUCGCUGUCACUCUUUCCAAAUUUGUGGUUCAACUUGUACUUUAAAUGAAGCAUAUACCGAUACUGCCACCGAAUAUAGUGAUACUUGUGACAUUUACAUUCCUAAAGUUGCAAAUGAAUAUUUUGCCACAGGACAUAAACUUGUCACGGAAGUUUUUCACACUGAGUAUAAUAUAAAUCACGACCAAUGUGCUGCAUUAUGUUUUAGCAGGAUUGGUGGUACAGAACCUUGUCAAUCGUUCAAUUUCUGUCCCAAGGGUCGAUCAACAAGUACUUGUUCAUUAUCUAAGUUUUCAGUGAAAGACUCGAAGACUAAAACUCAUGAAGAAAAAAGUUGUUUAAAUUACGGCCUAAUCGAUCCAUUUAGACACGAACAUUCAAGUCCAGUUAUUAAUGUGAAGAAAGGAACCAGUGGAUCAGCAGCAUUCGUAAUCAUCUUGUUCUUCUUAGCCACCGGUUUCUUAUUCGGCAUUGGAAUUCCAAUUGCAUAUUCAAAGAUAAAAAUAUUGACCAUUCGAAGUGGUCAAAGUUCAAACGAUAAUUAUGCUUGGACACGGCAGGUGGAUGAACAACCAUUAAACUAAAAAAGUGUCAAUCGGUGAAUACUAAUGAAUUGAUAACUAAAUAUUUUAACAUUUGUAUUACCUAUUAAAAAAAUUUUCUCGGGGGAAUAAGAAUCUAUUACAUUAAAGAUCAAGCAAAAUUUUCAAGCGAAACAAAAAGUUGCAGUUAAAA